AUGAAGUUCUCAGUUAAGAGUUUAAUCGCCACCGCUGCUUUAGUAACCAAGACCCUCGCUGUCAAUGUCGCCUGUUUAGUUGAAGGUGUUGAAGUCGCUAUUGUUGACUUAGACACUGGUGUUUGUCCAUUCACCAUCCCAGCUAACUUACCAGUUUUCUUUGACUUCACUUCUCCAGAAGAUUUCAACGUUGAAUUCUACUACUCUGUUGUUGGUAACGCCAGAUUCUUCAACGAUAUUGUUGCUGCCGGUAGAAUCAUUAACAUUCCAGCUAUUGAUUUAUUCGGUUUACCAGGUGCUCCAUUAUACCAAGUUCACGUCCAAGAAACUCCAUCUGUUAACUCUACUGCUGCUAUCAGAAAGAGAUUAUUCAAGGAUGACUCUGAAUUAUUAAAGAGAGAUGCUGCUUCUGAUUUUGCUGCUUCUUUAGAAUCUCUUGAUGGUACUUUAGUUAACUCUGGUGCUUUCCAAGUUGUUGCUUUAUCUUCAUCUUCAUCUGCUCCAACUUCUGCUCCAUCUACUAUCCCAGUUUCUUCUGGUGUUGAAACCUUACCAACCGGUACCGUUACUACUACCCUUGAAUCUACCACCCUUAUUACCAUCACUUCUUGUAAGGACCACUUAUGUACCCCAACUGUUGUUCCAGCUACCCCAGCUUUAACCACUGAAACCAUUAACGGUGAAGUUACCAUUUACACUACUUACUGUCCAUUAAGCGGUGAAACCGAAACCACCACUGUUGAAUCUACCACCAUCAUCACCAUCACUUCUUGUAAGGAUAACAAGUGUGAAGAAACCACUGUUCCAGCUACCCCAGCUUUAACCACCCAAACUAUUGAAGGUGUUGUUACUGUUUUCACCACCUACUGUCCAGUUUCUGGUGAAACCACCGCUGCUGCUGCUACUGGUACUCCAGCUGCCCCAGCUGCUGCCGGUACUUCUACUGAAACCGAAACCCUUACCAAGGGUGCUGCUGCUACCACUGGUGCCGCUGCUGGUACUCCUGGUGCUGCUGCUGGUACUACUGGUGCUCCAGCUCCAGGUGUUGCCACUACUCCAGUUACCGUUGCUGCUGAAUCAACUGGUGCCGCUGCUACUACUGGUGCUAUCUCUACUUACGAAGGUGCUGCUGCUAACUUCGGUGCUUCCUUAUUAGCUUUAGCUUUUAUUCCAUUAGCUUACUUAUUAUAA